GUUUUAACAACGCCAGUACAUGAAAUGUUGUGAUUUGGAAUCGGAAAUACAGUGGUUUGGCGGGAAAGCCACAGUGGGUUUGGUAAGGCGAAAUGUAAGAAUCGAGGCAACCGGAGGAAGGCGCAGAUAUGUUUCAGUGUGUCUCUUUGCUUCAAGCCCACCGAGCAGUCUGCUACCAUAGCAACUGCCGAGGAGCGCUGCGCAGCGCCGCCUGCUUUUGCAGUAGAUGUCACCCUUGGCAACGGCCAAUCAGAAGUUGAUAUCUCUCUGUACAACCGUAGCAAAGGUAUUGAGCUCUGAAGGCGGGCGUUCGUGAUCAUUUCGAGUCUCUCAUUGGUCGUUCGGGCCGCCACUCAAAGACGGACUCUUCGCUGAUUGGUUCGGGGCGUCUAUUUCCAAUAUUAUAAACAUGUCCUCUGCUUUCCUGCCCCUGCAAGCACGGCUUGUUGGAGGCGACCAUAGUAUGGUGUAAGGGAGCGAGGGGGCCCGUGCAAUUCAUUAUUAGUUUGAAUCAGACAAUAUAAAACUCCGACCUUUUGUUUGUUUUAUUGGAAAUGGUUAUAAUGUAACGGCAUCUCAAUGCACGGGCGCGCUUUUAAAUGAGGCACGCGUAAAGUGGAGACUUAAACGCUGUUGAUUUGAUGUUCUGGUCUCAUCAUUAUCAUCACCAGCAGUAUCAUUAGUAGCUAACUGGCAUUUUGUUUUCGGGGGCUUCGGCGAGAAGUGACAAGAAUCUAAGACCCCUCCUCUGCAGGGCGGAGCGUGCAUUUUGAUGUCGAUUUUGUAUCUUUUUUUCUUCUCUGACACGUCCGCACUGAGUGAAUGGCAUUGGCACAUUGUCAAUCGCUCACUACCGCUGCCAUCAAACAACAUAAAGCACACACAGCCCGCGCGCUCGACUCAUAAAUUUCCGCCAGCAGAUAUUUUUGCGCAUCGCUUUAUGGCGCGUGAUUAAUUUUUUCGCCAGUUUUUCUAUUUUCCCUACUGAAAGUGAGAAAACUUUUUUAUACAUUUUUAUAUUUUUUUCCUACAAUCUUUAUAGCUCUGGUCGCCGGUGCUGAUGGUUUAAUUUAUUUCACUCGGCUUCUUUUAUUUUCUUAUAUUUUAUUUUUUGGAGCGAGAGAGAGAGAGAGAGAGAAAAACAAAUAUUUUAAAAGGCAAUAUUUUGCCCGUUGUUCACACUCAGCGUGCUUCUUUUUAAUUACAUAAUCAUUAAUUUUCAUUAAUUAUUACUUUCCAUCAGAGGCAUGGGAUGUUUUGUUUGCAACUCUUUGUAAUACUACGGAUUUGUCCAAGUUUUCAAGAAGUGCACAAGGCGAAAUUAUCCUAAGAAGAAUUCCAGACAUCUGCAAAGGACCCCAGCUCUUCAAAGAAAAAGACAAAUUGGCAUGAAGAUUCGGACAGGAUUGAACGGGCAACCACUGUCACCUGAAUGCUGAAGUUUACUUAAAUAAUAGACAAGAAAUAUCAUCGCUAAUUUUUCUCCAAUGGACAUUCAUACAGGAGGAUCAAAGACGAUUUAAAUCUUUUCCAUAAAGUGAUUCCUGGGACAUCAAUUCCACUAUAUUUCAUCCAGCGAUUUAUUGUAUUUGCCGCGUUGCUUCACGGUCAAUAUUUUGUGCACGAUAGCGACCCGUUAAACACCGCACAUGAAAUAAUCAAGUUGUUUUUGCAUGUGCAUUCUCCGACUUUAUUUCACCCAUCUCAGUGACUGAGCACGAGCGCAUCGAUUGUGUUGCGGCGGACUAUGGACGAGCAAGCCCGGAUCAUGCAGGCUCUCGGCGGUGUCAGCCUGGCUGGUCACUCGGUACAGGGAGGCAUGGCUCUGCCGCCUCCUCAUGGACACGACGGAACCGAUGGGGAUGGAAGAAAACAAGACAUCGGUGACAUUCUGCAUCAGAUCAUGACCAUCACCGACCAAAGCCUGGACGAGGCGCAAGCAAAGCACAGGAAACAUGGGCUCAACUGUCACAGAAUGAAGCCAGCCCUCUUCAGUGUGCUCUGCGAGAUCAAAGAGAAAACAGGUCUAAGUAUCCGCGGGGCUCAGGAGGAGGACCCACCCGAUCCACAGCUGAUGCGUCUUGACAACAUGCUUCUGGCAGAGGGCGUGUCAGGACCGGAGAAGGGCGGAGGAUCGGCGGCGGCGGCAGCAGCGGCAGCAGCAGCCGGCAGUCCCACUGACAACUCCAUUGAGCACUCUGACUACAGGGCCAAACUCUCCCAGAUCAGACAGAUCUACCAUACCGAGCUGGAGAAAUAUGAGCAGGCAUGUAAUGAGUUCACCACCCACGUCAUGAACCUGUUGAGGGAGCAGUCUCGUACACGACCAAUCUCGCCCAAAGAGAUCGAGCGCAUGGUCAGCAUCAUCCAUCGCAAAUUCAGCUCCAUCCAAAUGCAGCUUAAACAGAGCACCUGUGAGGCCGUCAUGAUCUUGAGGUCCCGCUUCCUCGAUGCCAGACGGAAACGGCGGAACUUCAGCAAGCAGGCGACCGAGAUCCUGAACGAGUAUUUUUACUCGCAUCUUAGUAACCCUUACCCCAGCGAAGAGGCCAAAGAGGAGCUGGCUAAGAAGUGCAGCAUAACAGUAUCCCAGGGGGUGGGAACCACCAUCACAGUGGCACAGGUAUCCAACUGGUUCGGCAACAAGAGGAUCCGCUACAAAAAAAACAUCGGCAAGUUCCAAGAGGAGGCCAACCUGUACGCCGCCAAGACAGCCGUGACUGCCGCGCACGCAGCAGCUGCCGCCGUCCAGAAUAGUCAGACCAACUCACCCACCACACCCAACUCCGGAUUCCAGAUGAAAGAUGAAGAAUUUCAGCUGGACUCUGCAGAGAACAAAAACACUCUAUUAACCAACAUGUUCACUGGUUCGUCAGGUUCUUUUAACCUCCCAAACUCGGGGGACAUGUUCAUGAGCAUGCAGAAUCUGAAUGGGGAUUCUUACCAAGGGGCACAAGUCGGAGCCAAUGUGCAGUCACAGGUGGAUACCCUGCGCCAUGUUAUCAGUCAGACGGCAGGAUACAAUGAUGCCCUGGGGGGGAAUCCCAUGUAUAGUCCACAUGGCUUGAAUGGUAAUGGGGGAUGGCAGGAUGCUACGACUCCAUCCUCUGUGAUCUCCCCUACAGAAGGCCCUGGUAGUGUGCACUCUGAUACCUCGAACUGAUCUCCUCUUUGACACGGCCCCUUCUCAAGCUGUGGAUAACCAAUCACAGAACUACAAAACCACAGACUGACCAAUCAGAGACACAGAAUAAACUCUCACAGCUAAUCCAGAAACAUCCUCAUGGAAUCAUCCACAGUACUUUUCCACAGUGUUUUGGAAGCUGGACAUUUCUUAGCUGUAACAUCAGUCCACUGCAGUUUUUACUAACAAUCUCUCCUCCAAUCAUAUUCAACCUUUUAUCAUUUGAAGUGUACAAGCUCAAACAGUUUUUUUUUUUCUUUUUGAGUUUAUUGCUGAUCAUAACCCCUCUCCAUUGUUCUAACUGACUGUCGGCAAAGCUUUAGUGCAGGAAUACAACUGAUACUUUCAAAAGUAUAUUCAUAUGAUGCUAACCGAUGCAUUUAACAGGGCUAAAUGCUAUAGAAGGCAGCUUGGGGAAUUCAUUGCUGAUUUCUACAUUUUUUUUCAUCAAUGUCACACCAAUGACCUAAACAAGACCACAUAUGAAAGGCAAUCCACUCCAUUUUGGGGGGUGAUUUUUAAAUGCCUGUCUUUUUUUAAAAACACAAAAUGUAAUCAAUAUUCAGUCCACUACAAUUAUUGAAGAAAGUGUAGAAGACGUAAAAAGGAAAUAUGGGUCAUCCUGUUGGAGGCUUUUCUGGCAAUUUUCCAUUCAAAAACCUUCUUGUAUAUGACAUAGCCUGAGAGUAUUUAUACAUCUCACAAAUAAAUACUCAGCUUUAUUACCUCAUUGAAACUCAUAGAAAACCAAUAGAUUUAAAACAUUUCUUUAGCUUAUAGUGCUCUCACUGACUACCUCUCAACAAAAUCACCACCACCGUUUUUGUCUAUUACUUUCUGUCAUUCUUUUUUGUCUUUUUUUAAAUACAUUUACUUUUGUUAGUUUGGAUUGGUUCCAUCUUGUAAGAAAAUUGCUCUCUCUGUCUCUCGCUCUUUAUGUAAUCUAAUGUAUAUUUUAACCUUCUAAGAAAACUAAGUUGCUUUGUCGCAACUUUUAAAAGAAAAAAAGAAAAAAAGAACCAUAAUAUUAAUAAUAUGAAUAACACGGAGAGUAUGGAGAGUACAGUGGCUGUUGGAGGGGAAUUUUGUGCUGGAUCUAGGGGGAAGGAACAGGGAGGGGGAAAUACGAUCAUAAAAUUAACACCAAACAGUAAAACUGUUGUAAAUACUGAAGAACAUUUUGAAUGUUGCUCAUCUUGUUACUAAUUCAUGCAAAAAAGAAAUAAAAAAUUAAUAAAUAAAAACCCAUGAUUAAAAAAAAAAGAAAACCUGUAAUGCAUAGAGGUUUCAGUAUUCAGAAUUGUACAUUUCAAACCCUGUGUGACAGGGUUCCGACUUUCUUUCUCUUUUUUUGUAUCGUAUGUGAUUCUGAAACUGAUAAAAAAGUCAUACAAAAUUUAUUUGUGGCAGUGGUUCUAAUGUAUUAAAGAUGUUUCGUGUUUCUUUCUAACCAGACUACACCCUGGACUGAAAAGUCUUCCUUGUGGUAGUUAUGUGUAAUUUCAAACAUGAAUAAACUGUUUUCCUUUCA